CACACUAUUCUCUUUUAACACCUCUCUCUCUCUCUCUCUCUCUCUCUCUCUUAACCUCACCAUUAUUUAUACCUCCCCUGCCUUCUCAACCCCUUCACUCUCCAGAACAUCAAAACCCUGCUCAAAAUUUUCUAUUUAAACCCACUAAACCCACUAAACCCACCACCAACCAGCUGCUCCACCACUUCAAUCUCUCAAACAUUAAUUUAUCAAAGAAAUUAGGGAAACUAAUUAGUAAAAUGUCUCCUGCAGCAAAUUCUUCAUCAAGAUGGUGCCCAACCCCAGAGCAACUGAUGAUCCUUGAGGAGAUGUACAGGGCUGGCAUCAGAACCCCCAACGCCUCUCAAAUCCAACACAUCACUGCCCAGCUCUCCCUCUAUGGCAAGAUUGAGGGCAAAAAUGUAUUUUACUGGUUCCAGAACCACAAGGCCAGGGACAGGCAGAAGCUCAGGAGGAAGCUUUGUAAGCAACUGCAGCAACAGCAACUUCUCUAUCAUCACCACCAUAAUUAUCAUAAUUACCAUAAUAACCCUUAUCAUCAUCAUCAUCACCAGCAGCAGCAGCAGAGCCUUCUUGGGUACCUUGAUCAUCUCAGCCCUCCUGCUUCUUCUUCUGCUCUUCAACAACUUUCCAACUGUCAUAAUUACUCAUCAGCUGGCUUUCUUCCUCCUCCUCAGGUGGGAGUUGAAGAUGCCUUGAUGAACCACGCGUGGAAGAUGGAGAUCCCACAGAGGGUGGAGAUGGAGAAGUCCGUGAUGAGUAUGUACGGCCGUGAUUGGAUGAUGAUGAUGAUGGAGGAUAUGGGCCCACCCUCUCCAUGUUGCAGUACUAGUACAAGAACUACUACUACUAGACAACCCCUCAAGACGCUUCAACUCUUCCCCAUCACUGCCACCAAUCUCAAAGAAGAAUCCUCACCCUCCUCCUCCAAUCCUCUCUCUCCUCCCACCACCCCCACACCAAAUUACUAAAAACCCCAAGCCAAGCCACUUCUUCAACUGCAUGCAUCUCUCUCUCUCUCUGGUGACUUUGUUUAGUGUGUGUCUUGGUUUCUGUUAUGUGUUUUCUGGGCUCUUCUUCUUCUGUUCUGUGAUAUGAAAGAUCUCAAUUGU